AUGUCUGCCUCCUUCAAUUUCGUUCCUUCAGCCGUGUCGCACAAACUUGAACCAUUUACCCUUUGUGUUCCCGAGACUGACCUCGCACAUUUUUGUUCCCUUUUGACGCUCUCUGAAGUAGGUCCUGUAACAUGGGAAAAUUCUAACAAAGAUCGGCAAUUUGGGAUCAGCCGCGAAUGGAUUGUUUCUGCUCGAGAUUACUGGUUGAAACAAUUUGACUGGCGGAAAAAUGAGGAUUAUAUCAACAGUUUCCCAAAUUUCAAACUAAAUCUUCAGGAUGAGCGCUGUGGUAACUUCACAGUUCAUUUCGCUGCACUGUUCUCCAAGCAUCCUGAUGCUACGCCUAUUGUUUUCCUCCAUGGUUGGCCAGGCAAGCACUUUCUCUCUCCGGCUUUUUGGAGCUUCUUAGAAUUUUUGCCCGUGCUGUCACUUUUGCAGGAAAGGUUCUCUCAGGAUAGUCUUCCUUACCACAUCAUCGUCCCAUCGCUUCCUGGGUACGGGCUAUCCUCAAAAUAUACGGCAGACAAUUUCACACUGGGGGAUGCAUCUCGCUUAAUCAAUAAUCUCAUGAUUGAGCUCGGGUUCGUUGAUGGAUAUGUAGUGCAAGGCGGCGACAUUGGGGGGGUGAUUUCGAUGAUGCUGGCAUCGACUUAUGAGGAGUGUAAAGCUUGUCAUGUGAAUCUAAUUUUUCCAUCGCCGGUUCGCAGUGAAGAUCGAGUCUUGACCGAUAGCGAGACUGCCUUCCUUCGAGAAGCGGCGGAAUUCCAGCGAAGUGGUUUUGCUUAUGCGAUGGAACAUGUGACAAGACCUGCUACCAUUAGAAUUGUUCUGUCGUCCAGCCCCAUUGCUCUUUUAGCGUGGGUAGGUGAAAAGUUUCUGGAAUGGACCGAUGAAGAGCCGACCAUUGAAGCGAUCUUGCGCAUGGUCACUUUCUACUGGUUUACUUCAACUCUUCCUCACUCACUUUAUGCGUAUCGGGAGCUGUUAUCAAACGAACGACCACCACUACGUUACUUUUCCGGCAAACCGUUUGGUUAUUCUCGUUUCCCGCUAGAGCCUUGUUCGACACCUGAAAGCCUUGCAAAGGAGGUUGCAAAUUUAACAUGGUUUCGUGAACAUGACAAGGGCGGUCACUUUGGCGCCUUCGAGCAGCCUGGGUUGUUUUUGGAAGACAUAAUCGACUUUGUGAACCAUGUGACACAAAAAUGA